GCUGUUUACAACGUGCCCAAUUACCUUCACUAUCUCUUUUCUCUCAACGUUGGGCCCUGCAGUUUGGUUCUGUCCUCACCACGUUUCAUCUCACGUCUUCGAAGCUUACUACGGUUUCAAGCCCGUGGACCGUGACGGUGAGCGGAGAGGAAGGCCCUUACGUCCGAAUCCAUACGCCUGCCAUUCCACCCGACAACACAGAUAAUCUUAUUCCUGGGUAGCACAUUCAUCAAUCACAACAAGAAUAACUCACUUCCAGAAGAAAAAAACGAUAAGAUCUCCCGUUCUCUAUUCUUCAUUUUGUCGACGUGAAUACACCAUGGUGUCGGGGACGAUUCUCAGUCCCUCUUCAUCUUCCUCUCCUUUAACCGACCAAUAUCUCUCUUCGUCGUCCAAAGGCAAAUUCAUGUUACAGCCACCGUCUUCUUCGACAUUCUCCUUCACAGCACCGUUAUUGUCACCCUCUUCAUCCUCCACGACGACGACUACUUCAGGAGCAGCCACUCCCAUGAAGCUUAGACGUGUUUCAAUGGCUUUAGCUUCUUCCCCAAAGGUGGUUCCGGAGAGCACAUGGAGCUUUCGUGACGACACAGGCAUCGAAAUGCAUGUGGCAGAGACAUGUUUAAUGCCGGAGAAGAAAGGGAAGUUGAGGAAGAUAGCAGCUGAUGCGGAUGAUGAUAUUCUUGCUGAGAAGAAACAAAGGAAACGAUGGUCUCCGGAGGAGACUCAGAUGCUCGUAGAUGGAUGCAAUAAGCACGGUGUGGGGAAUUGGAAGACAAUUCUCGGAGACCUUGAAUUCAAGUUUGAUAACAGGUCACCCGUAGACCUGAAAGAUAGGUUUCGUACGUACUUCCCAGAUGCUUAUAAACAGCACUACCCAAACGCCCGUACCCACUUGUCCAGCAAGAUACGUUCCACUCUCCCAGACGGGACCUCACUGUUCGAGAAGACGCGUAGCAAGAAACGGAGACCGUUUACCGAAGAGGAAGACCGCGCCUUGAAAGCUGGUUACGAGAAGCACGGCACCGUGUGGGCUGCCAUCGUUAAAGAUCCUAUAUUCCAAGAACAGAACAGGCGUUCUACCGAUUUGCGAGACAGGUUCAGAAAUGCUUACCCAGAUCUUUAUCAAGCAGCGGGCUAUAAACCGAGAAGCGCAGCGAAGAAAAAAAUGGCCUCUGCCGGAGAAUCCUCAGGCUUUACCCUCUCGCAAGCCAGGAUGCCUAUUCGUGCCGCAACUGAUGAUCAAUUAUCGAUGGCUAGUUCAUCUACUCGGCGAAGGAAGCGGAGGAAUACCAGCCAAGGCCUGUUACGUGGUGGUACGAAGAGUGUUCCGCAGAGCGCAUCACCAUCAGAAGAUGAAGAUAGCGACAACGAAUUUAUCAAACCUUCCCGUGCGACACGCUCGAACAGUAGUCCCCUCAAUUCACUCUACUCGAGCACAAGUAAGAUUACCUCUACCUCUGAAUCGUCCUCUCCUGUGAAAGGCUUUUUGGACGAUGAUAUGGGCCUCCUCAGCAUGGACACAGACACCCUUUCGGAUGUUCUGACACUAGCCGAUUUUCCCGACACAUCACACUCCGAAAACGAUGCUCAAUCACAGGCGUGGUCGUCAGGCUUGGACACACCUGUUCAUUCACAUCACACAUGGGCUGGCUCACCAGCAUCCUCGCAUCUAUCUUCGGAUUACUUGUUAUCAUCACAAUCUUCGCCUUUCCAAGGACGUAAUGAAGGAAUCGUUGGUGGAAUGGGGAUGAUAGGAAAGUCUGCGUGGGGAACUCAGGAUUGGUUCUCUGCAAAUCCUAGACUGGACAGUAGUGGUAGCACCACUAGCUCCUUAGUACCAGAGAGAGGUUUCUCACCCGCGUCGCCUUUCUCAUUCAGUCACAGUCAUGGAAUAUUCGACCGAUAUGAUCUCAUGCCGGCGGGCAACUCGAAUGAUUUUUCUUCAGAAGUAGGAGUGGGAGAGUCGAGACAGACGUUCUCGGACGAGAUGUUUCCUCCGAGCAGUGGUUUCAGGGGUUUCACGCAUCAUUCGGAUUAUGCAGGGGAUCUUAUUUUCGGCGCGAGGACACAUCAACCGCAAGCAUCAUCGUACUAUGAGUCUGGAUUUGGGAACCUGGGAAGCGAAGGGCAAACCAUGGGAUUGGGGUUAUCUGGCAUGGACACGUCGACAGGCAUUAAUCCAAUGCAGCUUCAUACGCCUGCCUUGCCUGGGAUUGAUGAGAUUGAGCUGACUGGGAUCACUCUGGAUGAUAAUGCUCCAAUAGAUGCUCAGGUUGUUGAUGAUUCCGGGAUUGAUAUGAAUAUUCUACAUGUCCAUUCACCGACGAAGGAUGACACUCUUCGCAAGUCGCAGCUCCCUCACCACUUCCAUCUUCCACCUCCGAGACCUCAAUCCGUCAUGUCGGAAACGCGACUCAUUUUUGAUGAUCUGGUCGACAUGUCGGGUGUAGCCCAUAUGACGCCACCUGGAACUCCUCUCUCACAAUUCCGACAGAACCGCAAGCGAUCAGCUAAUUGUAAUAUUCAUUUCUCAAGGUCUAUCUCAGUCCCACCAGGGGAGAGAAAUCACAUUCCCAGUCCUCCCAGCAGACCAGUCCAGAUGCAUUCCAAUUCUCAACCGGAAAUUUUGGCGGACGGACGGGGUAUGUUCAAAAACGAAGUCCCUUUCACAUCAGACGACAGUCGCAUGUCAAUAUCCCCAUCUCGUUCUCAUCGCUCCCCAUCACCGCUGCUUUCGUCUUCGGGCUCGCUGCAGAAUCCGCCAUCGUUCUCUUCUCUCUUCUUUGCAUCAGUCUCCCAUCUGACUGGCCACCAACAACAGCCAGUCAAUGGAGAGCACUCUGGUGAUAAUAAUCUCCCAUUCUUGGAUUUACACUAUGGCGGAAUGAGUAUGCCACCACCACCCGCCGUGGAUGAAUCUCGGAACUAUCGACAGGCGUUGGAUCUGGCUCAAUCCGUAGCUUCCUCUUUGCCUAAGCCCACUAAUGGGUCUGUUAUUGGUCCUUUGGUAGGCCAAGGACAGGGGCAGGCUACCGCCACUACCGAUCCGAGGUCUAAGCCUACGCGCAUGUUCAGGGGACGUUCUGGUCUUCCAAAUCCCGAUCCUAAUCCCGCCCCCCCAGCCUCACCUUCUACUAUGUCACCUCCAUCUGGCCGGAUGUUUUUGUCUAGCCACCACCGAGGACAGAGUGCUGUUUGUCCACAGGAUCUUAUGCUCCGCAGUGAUAAUAACAAGCGAAAGAGGGCGAGUUGGGAUGGGGCGCAUUUGCUCAACUCUGCUUGCUGAAGUACUUAGUAUCGGUCGCUUAUGCCGUAUACGUACCUUGUUGAUUAUCUUGAGUUUCCCCCGUAUUUUUCGACUUUUUCAACUUUGUUUGCAAGUCCUCUUUUCUUCUCUCUCUCCCCCCACACAUAGUAUACUUAUUUCCCAGUCCUCUUUCGUUCCCUCGCAUCUUCAUCUCAUCCUCACGUCCAGGAUCCAUACUAGUGUAGUAGUGUUUCGAUCGUGAUUGGUCGCCUUCGUUUCAUAUUGUUCAUAUCGUCGCCGUCAUAUUUUUUCUCUACCCGUUUAGCAUUAUUUGACUGUCCGUCCGUCCGAGACGGCGUAGGUGUGAGAAUCAGAUUCCGGUGACUACACGCACGUGGACAUUGCUCUCAACGUUCUCUCAACACCCAUCUC